AUGACCGAGAUAAUUGACUCUGCUGAGUUUGAUACGGUACCGAAGAUAGAAUGUGGAGGGGGCAGUUCUAGGCGACGCCGGGGCAUCGCAAGGAUGAUGGACGACCCCAAUCAACCAUCACCCCAGGCCCUCGCCCAAGUAAACAACAAAAACAACCUAGCCGAGAUGAGGCUUCGACGCGUCCUGGCCCAGGUCGAACGUGAAAGGAUCAGCCGUAUGACUCUCCUAAAGCAGGAUCGGCUUGAGGCGAUGAAUCUUCUACACGCCAUCAAUACAAGGGAAUCGGAUAAGGACCCGGCAUACCUCAAACAUUUCAAGGAUUUGGCACUGAGCUCAAGACGCAAUAAUAUGACAAUGUCAGCCCCAGCUGGUUUGACGCUUGGAUCAGACCUCAGAACGAGACUGCGGCCAAGAAGGCAUCGACAUCAUACGACUGCUGACCAUCAGGAGCGUCGUGCAAGCGUUGCAAAUGAACACGACGUGAACGAGGCCAAUGUGCAGAGACUUCUUCUCGGACAGGAACAAGGCGACCACACAAACAGCUCGUCUGCUCAAAAGGGAUGUGAAGUCAUUUUCACGGAGCAAAAGACUGACGUGCAAGAGACUCCGUACAUAACGAGUAUCGCUGAGGAUUCAAAUAAUGACACAAACCAAUCCGUCAUGGCCGAAGUAAUCGAGAAGAAACUUAAGCCAGCGCGGAAGGAACCCCUUCAGAAGAGAAUCACAACGUUCUUGGCAGAGGUGAAGGAGUACAAAGAGGUCAAAGCUAAGGCGGAGAAUGAAUAUUUGGACAGCGCCCGGAUGAAGCGUCAGUGGACGCUGAUGACGAAGGGAAUCGACGCCGCUCUGGCGGAAUCCAGUGACGAGGAGGAUGGGAAUGAACAGCACACAAUAUGA